AUGGCGGGGCGCAAGGAGACGGCGCUCGACCUGGCCAAGUUCGUCGACAAGGGCGUCCAGGUCAAGCUCACCGGCGGCCGCCAAGUUACAGGAACUUUGAAGGGAUAUGACCAGCUGCUGAACUUGGUGCUGGAUGAAGCAGUCGAGUCUGAAAGAGAGCAAGAUGACCCAUUGAAGCUGUCAACCAAGACCAGACAACUUGGUCUAAUUGUGUGCAGAGGCACUGCUGUCAUGCUGGUGUCACCAACUGAUGGAACCGACGAGAUUGCCAACCCCUUCCUCGCAGCGGAGGGGGCGUCAUAA